AUGGAGAAUCUUGGCGCUGCAGAGGACGUGUUUUAUGAGGAGGAGGAAGAGGAGGAGGUGAACUGCUACGACUUUGAGCCUCUGCCGACGCUGCUGGAGGAUGAGGAGAAUGUGUCCCUUGCUGAUAUUUUGUCACUGCGGGAUAGCUGUCUUACUGAGCAAGAUAUUUGGGCAAUUUGCCUGGAGUGUUGCCAUUCUUUGAAGAGCAUUGCCCAUUCUGCAAUCUUCCAGACACUCUGCAUCACUCCUGACACUUUGGCUUUUAACACCAAUGGCAAUGUAUGCUUCAUGGAACAGCUCAGUGAUGAUCCAGAAGGUGCCUUUGUUCCACCAGAAUUUGAUAUCACCGGUAACACUUUUGAGGCACACAUCUAUUCUUUGGGUGCCACACUGAAAGCAGCAAUAGAAUAUAUUGUAGAACCUGAGACAGAAUCAGAAUUCGGACAAGAUCUGCAUGCUCUACUGGAACAAAUGCAAGAAGAGAAUCCUGCAAAUAGGCCAGAUAUUGAGAGCAUUUUGUCGUUAUGUGAAGAAAAAAUGAUGAUUGCUUCAUCAAGUAAUAUUUGUCGAAGCUUGUCUGCUGUUGGAAGAAGAGUUCUUUCAAUCGAAUCAUUUGGUGCUUCUCAAGAUGUCUGUGAUAACAUGUGGAAGGGAAGAAUGUGUCAGAGAAGUUUGGGAUCCAAAUUAUAUUCAAGUGAGAAAAACAACAUUGCAGGUGAUUUGUCUGCAGUGGAAGAGGUGACAACUGCCUAUCAUAAUAACUCUUCUGUAGUUACCAUGGUGACUGGCAGAGAAAGUGGUUUAAAGGAAAUGCAAAUUGAUCUGGAUAAUGAGAAAACUCAACAUUCUCUACUUGCUACUCAAAGUGAAAAGAGCAAAGAAGAGGACAAACACGCAGUGUAUACUGACAGUUUUGCCAGUGUUGCUUUGGAUAUAAAAUCAUGUGUUGUUGACCUGGAGAGAGAUGACCAUUUUAAGAAAGGUUCUUUGAGGAAAAUGAAAACCUUUCCAAAGCUACCACUCGAAAUUGCAGAUACAAAUAACUUUUUUACUUCUGUAACCAACAGUGGACCACUAGAUAGGAAAAAUCACUUCAUAGCACAAGAGUCACUACCUCUAGACAAUAAUAAUGAGGUUGCUUUUUCAAAGGGAAAUCUCAAUUCGUUUGCUGUCAGUCGUCCACCAGAAAUAGAAUCAAAGAACCACCAAGUUGAUGGUUGUCAUUUCGAAGCGCCAUGUGUAUGCACACAAGUGUCUGGCUUGAAUCUAGAAGAACAUAUGUCAUUUAUGAAUGGUAAAAAGAUAGGUUUUUCUUCAUCUGAUCACAAAGAAGACUCUUCUGGUGCUACCUCUGAAGUGCUAAAACCAACUGAUUCACUAAAAAGCCCAAAUCAGUCAAUUGCUGGAGCAAAAGUGCUAGACAACUAUAUGGUGUUGGAAGACUGUUCUGAAACUUUUCAAGGGUCAAAUGAAAAUUACGUACCACAUUUUAACAAGAUGGAUUCAGUGUUAAGAACAAAACCCAGUGGGAACAGACAUGGAUCAAACAUAAUUAGGCCACCAGAAUUAAGCAACGGUGUGAUGAGUGCAAACAAUAAUGAAGAUAAUCUUUCUGGAGGCAGAGGUUCAGAAAUCAAAAGUAAUGAGCAGUGGAUCUCUCUAAAACUCCUGUUGUCCUGGUAUGGUAGGCCUCUGAAAGACUAUGAACUCUGGGCAUUAUGUCAUGAGUGUUUAUGUACUCUGCAGACUUGCAUAGAUUAUCCAGUGGUCUUAUGUUUGGACUCUGUGCUGAUUGACUGCCAUGGAAGGAUCCUCUUUGCUGCUCCAAAAGCUGAAGAAUCUUGUGAUGUAUUUUAUUUAGCUCCUGAAAUUGAAGAAGAGGAUGUGGAUACUGAGAAGGUCUGUGUUUAUGGUGUUGCUGCAGUUCUGUGGAUGGCUGCAAAAUACAAUGUUCCACCGAGUCACAAACUAGUAUUGCCAAGAAAAUUUAAAAAACUGCUUCUGGAUAUGGCAAGAAAAAACCCUGAAGAAAGACCUUCUCUAACUGCUGCAAUUAAGACAUGCAAUCAUUAUUUACUUGAACAAGGUAUAAACAGCAAAAAUAUUUUGACAUUACUGGGUAAACCCAUCUUUAAGGCUGUUGAGGAAGAAGUCUUGUCUCAAGAUCACAUCCCUUUUGAAUUUAAAACUGAGAAACAUGAAAUGGACCCUUCAGAGUCAAGUCUGGGAUUUGUGCCUUUUACCACUGAAAGUAAACUUGUAGCAGUUAAAGGACCAGUACCAUGCCAGAUUUCACUAAACUGUGAGAAAGCAAUAUUACCUGGUGCAUUUACCUCUCCUGCAACUCACUUUAAGCCUAUUAUUUUGCAACAAGAUGCAAAUAUAACAAAAGAGAUUCACACACCAGUUUCUAACCAAUUCAAGAAAGAGACAAGGAAAGAAAAACACGUGAACCACAACAAAUCAGGAUAUAUAGAAGACUCCAAAAGCUGUGGUAUUGAUAUUCCAGGUGUUGUUGAAACUGUACCUGAAACAGCUGAGUGUGAUUUACAAGUUCCAAGCCACUCAUUCCAGAUGUCUUCAGAAGAGCAAAACUCAGUCAAUAAAUUUACUUCUACAGUUAGGUUACCAUCACUGUCUGAUUCCUCACAUGUUCUACAAGAGAAGAGCAUUUUAUCUGAAGAUCCCUCCAGUUCUUCAGCUUGUCCUACAUCUCCUAAUUUUCUUCAUAUAAAUAACAUCAUUCUCAAACAGGACUCAGAGAAAAGAGUUCUGACAUUUGUACCAGUACAUUUGGCUGUAUCAGAGCAAAUACCAAAUAAGCCUCUUCGCUCAAGAAUUGCUUAUGAUUGCUAUCACAGUUUGCCAGUGCUACUUUCAAGUACUAUUGCAAGUUAUAAAAUGAGCAUGCAAGCAGAAAAUAAUGCCUCCCUCUGCAAAGUGCAAAGUCAUGAGACUACUGAUACAGAGAACCAGUUCUAUCAAAGUAGCCCAGUUGUUCAAACCAGCUGCCAAGAAACUGAGUGUGCUACCAGCAUAAACAGUUUUCUCACUGAACAGGAGCACACACCAUGUACUUCAGUGAGUAAAGACAGUUACAGUUUGUUCAGUGGUAAAGUCCUGCCCCAUCAGAACACAACAAGUGACACUUCACUACAAGAAGUUAUUCAUCUUAUACAAGAGGAGUUUGCAUUUGAUGGUUAUUUAGAGAAUGGAGCUGAAGUUUUUGAUAUGGGUAACUUCAUUUUAAACUUAAAGGAAAUUAAGUUUGGUAUGUUCUCUGAUAGAAUUUGUGAGAAGUUUUGUGACCUCUACUGGGAUGAAAAGUUACUGGAGAAUCUCUAUCAGGUAGUAAAUGGAGGAAGAUCUUCAAAUUUAUGCAUAACUGAGGCAGAUGAAGCAAAAUGCAACAGUAGAUUGCAAGAUGUGAAGAAAUCUGAGAGCUUUUUGGCAAGCAGUGAUCAGACAGAGGGAAAAGGGGAAGCGAACUUUGAAGUGAAGGCUGAGCCUAUGAUAAAAACAUCAUUAGUUGAAAUGAAUCUUGAUGAGUCACCUUUGGAUAAUAUCAAAAAAGAAUUGACUCUGCAGAGUACAAUCCCCGUAGCAAAAGAGCAACAAUAUUUGCAAAGCGGCGGCUGUGGUCCAGGCUUUGCAGAAGAAAAUGCAAGUUCAGAGGAGCAAGCCAUGAUAAAGAGAGCUGGAAACAGCUACCUGGCAUCUCCCAAUCUACCUGACUUUUGUGGCUGUAGUCCUGGUUGGAGCAGUGCUUUUUAUGGAGCUGAAUGUUUUGAUUCAGGAGUUCAUAGUUACUUGAAAAACCUUGGAAAUCAGAAAUCAAGUGAGUCACAAACUAUAGAUGCUAAAAAAGUGGAACUAGAACAAUUGCUAAUGAUGGAGACAAAAAAUUACAGAAAGACCAUAAGGUUUUACCAGAAGCUGUUGCAGAAAGAAAGAGGAAGCAAAAGUCCUGAAACUAAAUCUAUGUUGCCCAAACUGAGAGGACAGCUACAGGAGAUGAAGUCAAAAGUGCAGUUUCUUGAACUGGUGAAGAAAUACGUGCAGAUGAUGUAUGCAGAGCAGUGGGGUGUGGAAUCCUAUGUGCUGCCUACAGUCAUUCACAAUGGGAAAGCUGACACCGUGGACAUGGCACCUAUGGAUGAAUCAUCAUUGCUCCUUUACUAUAACACAGAGAGACACCAGUAUAACAGUCAAAAUGGAGUGAGAGUUCUGCAGGCUGGAACACCACUCGGUUUAAUGGCUUACUUGUAUUCCAGAAAUGCCUUUUUAGAAGGUUAUGUACAACAGUUUCUUUACACAUUUCGCUAUUUCUGCACACAAGAAGAAUUUUUGCAGUUUCUUCUUGAUAGAAUCAGCAGCACUUUAUCCAGUGCAAGCCUGGAUCCUUCCACAUCCCUUACCAAAAUAUGUAACCGCAGUUUCUACAUCCUCCAGGCAUGGAUUGAAGACUGUUACAGUGUAGACUUCGCAACAAAUACUCAUCUUCUGGGCACCCUAAAAGAUUUUAUUUCUUCCAAGGUUGCUUCAUUAAAUGGCUACGGGGAGCGCUUGUUGUCACUGCUGGAGGACGCCUCUGCCAGGAAAAGUUGCAGUCCUGAUCUGUGCUCUGGUGUGGACAAAUGUGAAGAGGAAACUGAGGAGGGCAGAAGAACAUUGCAUUCCCUGUGUAAAAAGCUCUCAGAAGAUGUUUCCAGAAAGAACUUCUAUUGGAAACUAUCCAAAGGUAUGGGACCAAUUGCACAGUGUCAGAGAGAGCGACUGCGUGCAGGUUCAGCAGUUUUGCCAAAGCCCUGCUGUAGCAGUUUGGCAGAAGAAUCCUCUGUUUCCUUAGCUAGAGCAGAUGAAGUGGGACCAGCUCUCUUGACCGAGUGCAGUGCCCAACAGCUUUGUUGGCAGCUGACACUACUGCAACAGGAAGUAUUUAAUAAAUGUCAUCCAGUACACUUCCUAAAUUCCCGAGCGCUUGGUGUUAAAGACAAAUGUGUUGCUGUGCCAAAGGCAGUUUCUGCUGAGACAGUUUCAUUUAAAGUCUGUAAUCUGUUUCUGUCAAAGUGUGUACAAGACCAGUACCUUCUGCAGUUAUUAAAAAAUGCAGACAGUAUUAGUACCUGGGUUGCUGCUGAAAUUGUAACAUGUCACACAACUAAGCGGCAGGUGAGCUUGUUAUCAAAAUUUCUUCUUAUAGCAAAAUGCUGCUAUGAACAAAGAAAUUUUGCUACUGCAAUGCAAAUCCUAGCAGGCUUGGAAAAUCUUAUUGUACGACAGUUGCCAGCCUGGAAAGUUCUACCUGCAAAAGUAGCCGAGAUAAUGGAGGAACUCAAGGCUGUUGAGGUGUUUUUAAAAAGUGACAGCUUAUGUCUGAUGGAAGGAGACAGAUUCAAAACUCUUCCAACAAUUCCAUCAGCCCAUGUUUUGGCUAUGCAUGUCCAACAACUUGAAACUGGAGGAUUCACAAUGACAAAUGGAGCUCACAAGUGGACUAAACUUAGAAAUAUUGCAAAAGUUGUGAGCCAAGUUCAUGCCUUUCAAGAGAAUCCUUAUACGUAUGCACCAGAUUUCAAGCUGCAGUCUUACCUCAGACAAAGAAUAACUCGUUUUAAAGAUGCAGACAUUUCUGCCUUGGCAGCUGACAACUGUGCCAACUUCCAUCACAUACCAGCAGAAAAACAUUCUCGAAAAAUUCAGGACACACUGCGCAGGAUGAAAGCAACAUUUCAGUAA